AUGUUCAUCAAACCACAGUCAGGAAUCAAUCGAUGCUACCAAUAUUUCUUAUCCAGACGAUCAAUUACAAUGGCUUACGAAAAAAUCAAAACAACGCAAACGAGCGAUAAAAUGACGACUUCACGGUAUCCAACUGGGUAUGAUCUUCUACUUGAUCCACGGGCUAAUAAAGGAACGGCAUUUUCUAUUGAUGAACGUCAAUUAUGCCGUAUACAUGGUUUAUUACCACCAACAGUGUCAACACCACGUCUUCAAGUCGAACGAUUCAUGGAAAACUUACGAAAUAUGCCUGAUGAUUUGUCACGAUAUAUUUCAUUAAAUGCAUUGCAAGAUCUCAACGAAAAACUAUUCUAUCGUGUGGCAAUGGAACAUACACAAGAAGUAAUGCCACUUGUCUAUACGCCAACUGUUGGUCUCGCUUGUCAAAAAUAUGGAUUGAUUUUCUCAAAACCGAAAGGUUUGUUCAUCUCAAUCUUGGACAAAGGUCAUGUUUACGAUGUUCUUCGUAAUUGGCCAAUUGAUGAUGUUCGAGCUGUUGUCGUAACCGACGGUGAACGCAUAUUAGGUCUUGGCGACUUGGGUUGCAACGGUAUGGGUAUACCUGUUGGCAAGUUAAGUUUAUAUACAGCAUUGGCUGGUGUUCGUCCACAGUAUUGUUUACCCGUCACACUUGAUGUUGGUACAAACAAUGAACAUUUUCUUAAUGAUAAAUAUUAUUUGGGUUUACGACACAAACGUGUCACAGGAAAAGAAUACGAUGAUUUUGUUGAUGAAUUUAUGCAAGCGAUUGUGAAACGAUUCGGACAACAAUGUUUGAUUCAAUUCGAAGAUUUUGCGAAUCAUAAUGCAUUUCGAUUCUUGAAGAAGUAUCGUGAUCUUUAUUGUACAUUCAACGAUGAUAUACAAGGAACAGCUAGUGUUGCCGUUGCUGGCAUUCUUAGUUCGACUCGAAUCACUGGUGCGAAAUUAGCAGAUAGUCGAUUUGUAUUCUAUGGUGCUGGAGAAGCAUCGAUCGGUAUCUCAGAUUUAUUGGUUGUGGCAAUGGAACGUGAAGGUUUAUCAGCUGAACAAGCACGGAAGAAUAUUUUCUUAGUAGAUUCCAAGGGUUUAAUUGUCAAAAAUCGACCAGCCGGUGGACUCAAUGAAGAAAAACUACGUUAUGCGCAUGAACAUGAACCAAUCACGAAUUUAAUUGAUAUUGUUCGAACAAUUAAACCUGCAUAUCUUAUUGGUGCUGCCGGUCAAGGACCGGCGUUUACACGUGAAAUUCUCGAAUUAAUGGCAUCGAUCAAUAAACAUCCAGUUAUAUUUGCUCUAUCGAAUCCAACAUCGAAAGCUGAAUGUACCGCACGCGAAGCUUACGAAACAACGAAAGGUCAAUGUGUUUUUGCUUCCGGCUCUCCGUUUCCCAAUGUUGAAUACAACGGUAAAACAUAUAUACCUGGUCAGGGUAACAAUUCUUAUAUAUUUCCUGGCAUUGGCCUUGCCAUUGUUACAUGUAAUAUUCGACAUAUCCCCGAUGAGUUAUUCUACUUGGCUGCUAAGACACUGUCGGAACAGGUGGGCGACGAAGACUUAAAAGUUGGUCUUGUUUACCCUCCAAUCGAAAAGAUUCGCGAUGUGUCACGUAAAAUCGCUGUUGCAUUAGCAGAAUAUGCUUACGAGAAAAAUUUGGCAGCACUCUAUCCUCGCCCAAACAAUUUGGAAGAAUUCAUUCAAUCACAACAAUACGCAGUCGAAUAUGAAGAUAUUGUUCCACCUCGUUGGGAUUGGCCAAGCAAAACACUUGCAAAAUUGUAA